UAAAUAAAUAGCAACAGAGUCCGUUCUGCACUCCAUUCCCCGAAAAAGGACAAGGAGGCAGAAAUACAAAGAAAAAAUGAAUUUGUUAAUAUUCGGAGCAAUGUUUCUCCCCAUCGCAUCGGCACAGGUAGUGGCCAGCUCCACGUCGAGAAGUUGUCAACCAGAUGACACCUUUCAUUUUAGGCAGCAGGUUAGUUUACUGGUUAAGGUGUUUGAGGAACUCAAGCAGCUCACCCGUCAGCUGGAGGCCACAUGCAGUGUGCCGUGCAAGGACACGGUGGAGAUCCAGCCAAUCAAUGGAACAGAUUGUCAGGAUAUUGCCAACAAAGGAGCCAGUGUCAGUGGUCUGUACUAUGUGAAGCCGGCGAAGGCCACAGACCAGUUCCUGGUCUACUGUGAGAUCGACACCUUUGGUCGGGGCUUCACUGUGAUUCAGAGGAGAAAGAAUGGACAGGUGGACUUCAACCGAACCUGGGUCCCGUACAGGGAGGGCUUUGGAGACUUUUCCCCAGACGACAGCACAGAGUUCUGGCUUGGCUUGGAGAAGAUGCACCUUUUGACCACCAGUGUUACUCUCCCAUAUGUCUUGAGGAUAGAGAUGGUUGACUGGCUGGGCAACAAAAAGUAUGCCGACUACGCCAUGUUCCGAGUUGGACCAGAGCAGGAUAAGUACCGUCUGACCUACGGCUACUACUUUGCCGGCGAUGCAGGAGACGCCUUCGAUGGCUUUGACUUCGGGGACGACGCGAGUGACAAGGCCUACACCGUUCACAACGGCAUGCAGUUCAGCACCCCCGACAAUGACAACGACAAGUACGACGGCAACUGUGCCCUCCAGGAUGGCUCCGGAUGGUGGAUGAACAGAUGCCAUGCCGGCCACCUCAACGGCAAAUACUACCCGGACGGAAGGUACUCGGAGAAGGAUUCCGAUGACUUCGACAACGGCAUCAUCUGGGUGACGUGGCACGACCGCUGGUACUCACUGAAGGAGACCACCAUGAAGAUCAUCCCCGUCAGCAGGAUCAGCACAGACUGACAACAGCAGUCUGGGGUCAAGCAGUUUGGAGGGCUCUAGGAUCCCCUCGUCCCCACUUUGAAAAACACGCCAAUCUGGGAGCUACAAUAAAUGCGUUACAUGUUUGUAGUUUUUCACCAGCACCUGAAAGUUAAAAUGACAUAAUUAUUGAAAAACUCUGCAUACUCACCGCCAUACCUAAACACAAAUCAACACAACACAGUCUCUCUCAGUCCCGCCCCCUCGUUCUCUGUUUAAUGUCAUUAAACACACAAAAAAAUUAUAUAAUGUGUUA